AUGCCAAAAGCUGCAAAGGGAAAACGACCUGCUCCUGCUCCUUACUCGGGCAAGAAGCCUGCAUCUACCAAACAACCCAAAAACCCAUUGUUUGAAAAGACUGCAAAGAACUUUGGUGUUGGCCAAGAUAUUCAACCCAAGCGAGACUUGUCUCGUUUCGUACGAUGGCCUGAAUACGUCCAAUUGCAACGCCAAAAGGCAAUCAUGAAGUUGCGUCUCAAGGUCCCUCCAGCAAUCAACCAAUUUACCAAGACUCUUGACAAGAACACUGCCACUCAACUGUUCAAACUCAUGAACAAGUACAGACCAGAAACCAAAAAGGAGAAGGCUGCCCGUAUCAAAGCUGUAGCAACCACUGUCGCAGCCGGUGAGAAACUACCCGCAUCAAAGAAACCAACAGUCAUCAAAUACGGAAUCAACCACAUCACUGCUCUCGUUGAAGAAAAGAAGGCUCAACUAGUCGUUAUCGCUGAUGACGUUGACCCUAUUGAAAUCGUCAUUUGGUUGCCUGCGCUCUGCAGAAAGAUGGGUGUGCCAUACUGUAUUGUAAAGUCAAAGAGCAGAUUGGGUACCGUUGUGCACAAGAAGACUGCGACUGCUUUGGCUUUUGUUGAUACUAAGCCUGAAGACAAGAGUGAUUUGGCUGCUUUGGUUACUGCCGUCAAGAACAACUACAAUGAAAAGUACGAAGAUGCUCGUCGUCAAUGGGGUGGUGGAAUAAUGGGCAAGAAGUCCGUCGAAGCUACUCUGAAAAAGAGCAAGGCCCUUGCUGCUGCUUUGGCCACCAAGUAG